AUGAGAUCGCUGUUGGCAGCUGUUCUCGUCGGAAGUCCCGCUAACUUCAGUCUGCCGGCGAGCUCUUCAGAAACAAUAGAAUGUCUGGGACGCAGCAUUAUUGUGGCCUCUUCUCUCGCUAGCCAGUUGGAGCGACAACGACACACGGGCGUGCAGUGCGUCGGCUCAUUUUGUCGACCACUUGAGUCGCUUAUUUCUUCCUUACAUAUUUAUAUAAAUGAGCUCAUUAUCUAUCUAUCUAUCUAUCUAUCUAUCUAUCUAUCUAUCUAUCUAUCUAUCUUUUUUUUUGUUAUUCAAAAUGUUUUCUUUACCUUCUACCUAUCUUUAUUUUCUGAUAUUUUUUUCCCUUUCUUUCCUUUAUUCUUUCUUAUUGAAUUACUUCUAAUCAUUUACUUUGUUUCUGUCUUGUUUUCUUUCUUUCUUUUUUUCUUUUUUCCUUUCUAUCUAUCUAUCUAUCUAUCUAUCUAUCUCCCCCCACCACCCUUUUUUUUGGCUCUUUUCAUUUUUUCUCUUUGUUUCUCAUAUUUUUUUUACUUUCUUUUUUCUUUCACACAUCACUUCUUAAAAUUUCUUUCAUUUUUUAAUUAUAUUUUUCUCUUUUGCUUAUCAGUACUAGUCUUUUUCUUUCUCAUGUGUUUUUUCGUUUUUAUUUUACUUUCUUUCUUUCAAAGUUUUAUUUUUCCACUUUUUCUUUCUUGUUUUUUCUUUCUCUCAUUCUUUCUUUCUUUCUUUCUUUCUUUUCUAGUUUUUUCUCUGUGA